GAAUCGGGUUGUGUCGACACGUGUGCGGAUGGCUCGCGAUGAAGCCAGCUGUCAGUUUCUGCUUUUCCUUCCUAAUUUAUUUACUAACGUGCUCGGCCAAUGGUGCUGAGGAGAGUCUCUGCACGAAAGAGUCGUUAUGUGCAAGAGGCCUCAGAAUUCCGAUCGACAAGGAGCCCCUUCCGGUGGCCGUGUGGGCAGCGAACGGCAACGGAUUGACGGUCUUCGGCCCAGGAGUUUCGGGCCGUGAACUGACGAGCUCAGAGGGGAAGUGGCUCAACUUCACUGCAACUCAGCGUGGUUCUGAGUACUGCGUUUCCUCCGAGGCAUUUCCGGAGGGGGAGUUUUGUGAUAAGGAUCAUGACCGGCUGGUUCUCUGGAGUCACCAUGAGACCAAGUGGAAUCUAAAACCUGCUAGCAUGGCUUCUGGUAGACGUACUGUACUGUUUUUUCGAAUUUGGAAAAUUUGCUUUGGUUGAAGCAAAAAAA